UCAAACGGGGUACUACAUUGGAUACCCCCAGUAAUUUCUCCACUAACCAUUGGAGCACUGACACUUAUCUGCAUAGUAAAGCUUUUCUUCACGUUAUUUAUCAUUCCAUUGCAGGAACUUUUUAAACCCUAAAAUUGCCACUCAAGUAUCAUCUCUCUCUCUCAACAAUAAAGUCAUGUCCCUUUACCUAAGAGGGCUUCACAGGUAGUUACAUGAAUGGAGCUAGUCACUACCUCAAAAACUUGACUGACAAGAGCAUUUUCAAAUGGAGCAUGGAUGGGACUCAGACUGUGGGGAGCAGGGAUACGACUCGGACUGUGGGGAGCAGGGAUAUGACUCGGACUCUGGGGAGCAGGGAUGUGGCUCUGACGCUGGUGAGCAGGGAUUUGGCUCGGACUCGGACUCUGGGGAGCAGGGAUUCGACUCGGACUCUGGGGAGCAGGGAUAUGACUCGGACUCUGGGGAGCAGGGAUGUGGCUCUGACGCUGGUGAGCAGGGAUUUGGCUCGGACUCGGACUCUGGGGAGAAGGGAUAUGGCAAUUAUGUUCCAAAUAAUAAUGGCAAUAAUUUGGAGGUUGAUAAACCCGAGAAGGGGGUCCCCAGUACCUACAAGGGGAAUCAAUUCACUACUAAUAAUUCACAAUCCUAUGAAAGGACUUCCAGGAUGAUCCGCCAAGAGAAGGAGAGUGGCAGCUAUGAACGCUAUACCAUGAAGGAGAAGGUCUCGUUGGAGGAGCCACACAGGGAGAGAGGCAAAGGACAAGUUGGUGUCAGGGAUGAGUAUACGAGGAGAGAAACCACCAAGAUUGGUAACAAAAGUGGUUACACUGAGUACCACAAAGAAGAGAGAUUUCGUGAUGUCAGUUAUGGUAAGAACAGUAGCAGUGUGGGAAAUGGCGGCAGCAAACGUAUAAACUAGUAGUAGUAGUAGUAGAGUUGGUUCCCACUCCACUUGUGGUUAUCUCCCUCAGGACUAGAGCAGUAUUUUGGAUUUGAUGUCCUUUUGUUUUAGGUUCUUAUGUUUGCUUCCUUGGUGCUUUGUAUUAGUAGUAGUACUAAGUUUAAUGACUUGUUUGUUGUUUUGGUUCUGGCCCUGAAGUCAUAUGUUUUGGUUUUGAUGAUUGGAAGUCAUUGGGCUAAUGCGUAUGGUACAAACUAUUACCUACUUGUUUGGUAGUAGUAAGUUUAAUGACUUGCUCUUGUUUUGAUUC